AUGCUUGACAAUUUUAUAAAAAUUCUAAUCAUCUUACUAAGUUUAUUUACUAAUUUGAUAUCUGUCAAUGGAUUUUCAAUGAAAUUACGAAGUUGGGAUGAUGUUUAUGGUUAUGAUGCUAUAUGGAAUUCACCUAGGGAAAAGGAAUAUACAUUAAAUGAAAGAACUGUAAAUAAUAAUACAUCUAAAUACAUUCAAAAUAAAAAUAAACAAAUGAAGCUGAAAAAUCAAGGUUUUGCUGAUAAUCUAAUGCUAAUCGACGGUGCAUCAAAAAAUGAAGGUACUGUAUUAGUUAAUCGACAUGGUAAAUGGGGUACAAUAUGCGACGAUAACUGGACAUUGAAAGAGGCAAAUGUAAUAUGUCGUAUUCUAGGCUUUCCAUAUGCCUUACAAGCUACAACAAGAGAUUAUUUCUUUUCUAAUGGCGAAUAUGACUACUUACUAGAUGAUGUCUAUUGUAAAGGAACUGAAUCCUAUUUAAAUGAAUGUGUUUAUUGGACAGAACAUGAUUGUUUAAAACGCGAAGAAGCUGGUGUUAUUUGUCUUAAUCCUGAACCAAUUAAAUGGCAAUAUAAUGUUAGGAAUCCUCAAAUUGAAAAAUUGUCUAUUACUGAUAUUAAAAGGAUGAAAAAGCAAAUAUUUUGGUCUGAGCUGGAAACAUAUGAAAGCAGUAAUCUUUUUGUUGUCAAGGCUAGAGUUCCACAAGGUAGGAAUCGACGGAUGGUUAUUGGAGCUAUUUGUGUUGACCAGUUUCGUGGAGCUGAAGCGAAUGUAGCAUGUCGAAGCAUAGAUUAUUCAUUUGCUUCAUCAUAUUCUUCAAUUCCACUGAAAAGCGUGAAGACUUUUACCAAACCUUAUCCGGUUGUAAGAAUCGGGCAUUGUUUUGGAAAUGAAUCAAAAUUAGAAGAUUGUGUUGCAUUCACUGAUCCAAACGGAGUACCAUGUUCAAAUAAUAGUUUAGGAAUAGCAGUAAACUGUUCAACAGUUUUAGCUGAUUUGGAACCAGAUGUUAAAGCAUUGGAAUCUUCAGCUUACAGUAGUAUGAUUCCUUUAUUUCAAGCACAAUGUGCUUUAGAAGAAAACUGCUUUCCUCCGAGUGUUUAUAAUUUGAUUAACAGAAAUCGACAUUUAGCGUUGAUGCAUAUGCGUCGUUUAUUGCGUUUUUCUUCAAUUAUACACAAUGUUGGAACUGAUGUCUUUCGUCCACAUGAACCGCCUGAACGAUGGGUAUGGCAUGCAUGCCAUAUGCAUUAUCAUAGUAUGAAAGUAUUCUCUUAUUAUAAAGUUAUCAAUGCAAAGCAACAAAUUAUGGCUGUUGGUCAUAAAGCUAGUUUUUGUUUAGAAGAUAAUGCUUGUAAAAAUGGAUAUAAAAAACAUUUUGUUUGUUCAACCACACUAGUAACACGUGGGGAUCAAGGUAUUAGUCCUGGAUGCCAAGAUAAUUAUUUCCACGAUUAUGAUUGUCAAUGGUUGGAUAUUACCGAUCUAAUUCCAGGUGAAUAUUCAUUUCAAUUGAUUUUAAAUCCAGACUUCUUAGUACCCGAAAUUACUUACAAGAACAAUGCUAUAGAAUGUCGUCUAUCUAUAGGGCAUACAAAUCAUCAUUAUGCCGCAUUAUCAAAGUGCCAUUUGGUACAUCCGUAUGAUUUGUGA